AAACAUCUCGCCUAACGUCUUCCGACAUGGACAUCACUCACUUCUUCCGUACUUUGACUACUUCGGACCUCCACGGAUACGCCUUGCUAUUUCCUACCUCCUCGCAAACCCGCUCACUCAUUCUCACUCACCCUCACCUCGUUUCCAUGGCUCGCCGCCGCUCGUGUGAGCUCGUAGUGCUCGUGUCCCUCGUCAGCAAGACCCUUUACUUUGCCAUGACGACACGGAUCCGUGAUAUAAAUCUGACUGACCUUCACUGACACUGACACCUUCACAGCAACCGUCCGCAUUCACCCUCCAGCUUUACAUCACUCACUCACUCACUCACUUUCCAACCACCAUGAAGUCACUUGCCCUCCUCUUCCUCUCCGGCCUCGCCGCCGCCGCUCCCCACCCGCACACCCUUCUCCUCCCCCGCCAGCAGAAGCAGAUCCCCACCGGCACCUUCGGGCCCUACACGCUCGUCGUGAACGCGCACACCACGGCGCUCGACACGCUGCGGCUGAGCGCGCAGCACGGCCUCUUCACCAUUAGCACCGCCUCGGCCGACACGGGCCCAACCACGCUCUGCAACCCCGCCGCCAGCAGUGGCGAGUGUCGCUACCCCAACAACGAAACCGCCGUCAUCUACUCGACCGGCAGCGUGUACCUCGACGUGGACGGCGCGGGCGGCUCGCAGCAAGUCUACGUCGACACGGCCACGCACGCGCUGCGCUACACAGCCAAGGGCGAAGGAGCGCCCGACGCGAACUUCAGCCUGCGCGCGUACCCGGACCCGUUGAUCCCCGGGUCGACGCCUGUGCUCGGCCACGUCCCGGGCGCCGACGACAACGUCUUCCCUGGCGGCGGGCUGGUGGCGUGCCCGCUGGUCGAGGGCAGAAAAUGGCAGGUCUUUGCGUACGAGGCGGCGAGGCCGCCGGUGCGGCCGUGCUUGAGCUUCCUGGCGCAGGUGCAUGCGUAUGCGAGUCCGUUGGCUGGGGGCGGCGCCGCGGCGUAUGCGUAUGCUGCUGAGUAGGUGGGGGAUGUGGAGACGAGACAGCUUGGUAGGCUGGGUGGGAGUCGGGCUUUUGAAAUGCUGUUUUGGGGGGACACGACGAGCGACGAAGUGAUGGAUGAAUGAGCGAAUGAGCGAACGAACGAAGGAACGAACGAAUGGACGAGCCAACACCAAUCUUUUAAUGGAUGAUAAUGUCUACCU